AUGUCGCCUUGGACCCUUAAGAACUAUAUAAUCAGGAAGUCACUUCAAUCAUCCAAAAGAAACCAUGCUGAGGCAUUCGAUUCUGAAGCUGCAGAUGUUAAGCUUGUGCCACUUAAUAUUUUAAGGCAAAUUGUUGUAAACCAGAACCCUCCAGUCAUUGAAGCUGUAGUAAACCCAAACCCUGCAGCGGUUGCAUCUGCAGGUGGCCAGAUAAAAGCGGCAUGGUAUUCAGUAACAGCAAACCGUUACCAUGACCUCACAAGGGAUAUGAGAGAAUGGGAUGAAAAGCCAGGUUUCGUUCAGGAAGAUGUGUGGGCUAGUUUCAAACAACAUUGGGAGACUGAGUCUUUUCAGAAAGUAAGAAGAAGGAAUGCAAAUAACCGUAAAAGCAGCAAGAAGGGACCAGUGCAUCAUACUGGAGGUUCAGUCUCAUUUGUGGAGCAUGCGGCAAGGCUGAGUGUCGGUUCAGAGGAAAGUAUUCUUGGUCACAAGCCUUUGCCGUAUGAAGUAUUUGCAUACACUCAUACCAUUCGACAUGAUUUCAAGACCUUCGUUGAUUCCAAUGCUAAAAAAGUUCAUACUCGGAGCUUGAACGUGAGCUGGAUGAAGAAGGGAAGAGUAUAUGGCCUUGGCUCUCAAGCAGGCUCUUAUUAUUCCUUGGGUGCUGGAAAAUCUGCACAUUCAGAUGUGGCGAUACAAAGUAAGAAGCAGAUUCAGGAAUUGACUAGCAAGGUUGACGCUUAUGCAUCGAAAAUGAAAAAGAUGCAAACUAUGAUGGAGAAGUGGCAAAAAUCAAUGGAGAUGUGGUGCAAGCAAAAUGGUGCUCCAUUCCCAUAUCUUGGUCUUGAGGAUAAUCAAACUCUUCAAGGGUCAGAAGGGCAAAAUGAUCAAGCAUGUUCUGAUUCAAGUGAUUGGCAUGGAAGUUCUGAGGAUGAAGAAAACCACAAUCUAGGUUGA